GACCCAGUGGGGGCAGCGCGAUGAGGCGGGUGACCCUGUUCCUUAACGGCAGCCCCAAGAAUGGAAAGGUGGUCGCUGUAUAUGGAACUUUAUCUGAUUUGCUUUCUGUGGCCAGCAAUAAACUCGGCAUAAAAGCCACCAGUGUGUAUAAUGGGAAAGGUGGACUGAUUGAUGAUAUUGCUUUGAUCAGGGAUGAUGAUGUUUUGUUUGUGUGUGAAGGAGAACCAUUUAUUGACCCUCAGACAGAUUCUAAAGUACCGGAAGUAUUGUCAGGAUCUCACACAGACUGGCUAACAUUAAAUGUUGGAGGGCGGUACUUUACAACCACACGGAGCACUUUAGUGAAUAAAGAACCUGACAGUAUGCUGGCCCACAUGUUUAAGGACAAAGGUGUGUGGGGAAAUAAGCAAGAUCAUAGAGGAGCUUUCUUAAUUGACCGAAGUCCUGAGUACUUUGAACCCAUUUUGAACUACUUGCGUCACGGACAGCUCAUUGUAAACGAUGGGAUUAAUUUGUUGGGUGUGUUAGAAGAAGCAAGAUUUUUUGGUAUUGACUCAUUGAUUGAACACCUAGAAGUGGCAAUAAAGAAUUCUCAACCACCAGAAGAUCAUUCACCAAUAUCUCGAAAGGAAUUUGUCCGAUUUCUGCUAGCCACUCCAACCAAAUCAGAAUUGCGUUGCCAGGGUUUAAACUUCAGUGGUGCUGAUCUUUCUCGUUUGGACCUUCGAUACAUUAACUUCAAAAUGGCCAAUUUAAGCCGCUGCAAUCUUGCCCACGCUAAUCUCUGCUGUGCAAAUCUUGAACGAGCUGAUCUCUCUGGAUCAGUGCUUGACUGUGCAAAUCUCCAGGGAGUCAAGAUGCUCUGUUCUAAUGCAGAAGGAGCAUCCCUGAAACUGUGCAAUUUUGAAGAUCCUUCUGGUCUUAAAGCCAAUUUAGAAGGUGCUAAUCUGAAAGGUGUGGAUAUGGAAGGAAGUCAAAUGACAGGAAUUAACCUGAGAGUUGCUACCUUAAAAAAUGCAAAGUUGAAGAACUGUAACCUCAGAGGAGCGACUCUGGCAGGAACUGAUUUGGAGAACUGCGACCUGUCUGGGUGUGACCUUCAAGAAGCCAACCUGAGGGGUUCCAACGUGAAGGGCGCCAUCUUUGAAGAGAUGCUGACACCACUACAUAUGUCACAAAGCGUCAGAUGAGAAUCCUAGGGUUGGAGGAAGAUGCCGAAGAUGAGAAAUGUUCUCCUUAUCACUUUUCUUUCUCCACCCACUCAGCUGUCUGGGAGAAAUAACACUGGAAGGGAAUU